GAAUACCAAAGAGGUCAGCACUAUUCUGAACGUAUGGUUCGCCACGUUGGAACAAUUUGACGGGUGAUUGCUGCUUGUUUGACAUUAGGAAUUUAUUUCCUAUAAUAUACUUAAUUAUAGUUAAUUCGAUAUAACAAGCGAACCGAAGAUGAAGAUAAAAGAGUUACUCAAGACUGUCAAUGUAGCAUGGUCACCACCAGCUCAGCAUCCCAUACUAUUGGCUGCAGGAACUGCAGCGCAACAACUUGAUGCAAGUUUUAACACAACCGCCAGCUUGGAUUUAUAUUCCUUAAAUUUACAACAACCUGGAUAUGAUUUGGAGCUUAAGACCACUAUUGCAAGUGACCAUAGAUUUCAUAAAAUAAUUUGGGGUUCAUAUGGUAAUAAUCCAGCUGGCAUAAUUGUCGGAGGCUGUGAUUAUGGCAUUAUAAAAAUUUAUUCAGCUGCUAAAAUGUUAGCCAAUGAUAAUAAUUAUUUGAUAAGUCAGACAGACAGACAUACAGGUCCAGUUAGAGCACUUGAUUUUAAUCCCUUUCAAGCAAAUUUAUUAGCAACUGGCGCAACAGAAAAUGAAAUUUAUAUAUGGGAUAUUGUUAAUACAAAUUCUCCAAUGACUCCUGGAGCCAGAAGUCAACCACUAGAGGAUGUGCAGUACAUUGCUUGGAAUAAGCAAGUGCAACAUAUUCUUGCUUCCACAUUUUCACAACGUUGUACUAUCUGGGACUUAAGGAAGAAUGAACCUAUUAUCAACUUAACAGAUACAAAUUCAAAAGUAAGAUGGAAAGUAGUUCAAUGGCAUCCGGAUGUUGCAACACAGUUGUGCUUAGCAUCAGAAGAAGAUCAAGCUCCGAUAAUUGAAUUAUGGGAUUUGAGAUUUGCAACAUCACCUUUGAAAACGCUUCAAAAUCACCAACGUGGUGUUCUAUCAAUUGCAUGGAACCUGCAUGAUUCGAACUUACUUUUAAGUUGUGCCAAAGAUAACAGAAUAUUGUGUUGGAAUCCUAACUCAGAUGCAGCAAAUGGUGAAGUAAUUUGUGAGUUAGCACAAACAAAUCAAUGGAACUUUGAUGUAUCAUGGUGUCCAAGAAAUCCUGGAUUAGUUGUGGGAACUAGUUUUGAUGGACAUGCAACAGUUUACUCUUUAUUGGGAGGACAACAACAAAUGUCUAUAGAAACGUCUGACAAAAUUGUAGAUUCCUUUCCUGGAAUGGAUCCUUUCACACAUGCGCCACCUCCAGUACAAACAGAACCAGCAGUUGUUUUGACAAAAGCUCCAAAAUGGUUAAAAAGACCAUUUGGAGCAUCCUUUGGUUUUGGUGGUAAAUUGGUAAUAUUUGAAAAUGGACCUGUAGAUCCUAAUCUUCCUCCGAAUUCAAAUAGAAAAGUGAUCAUAUCACAAGUAGUCACACAACCUGAGUUAAUUCAACGUUCAAAUGAGUUGGAGGAAGUUCUUAAAAGCGAACAAUAUAAUGAUUACUGCAAAGGAAAAGCUGACAAUACUACUGAUAUAUAUAGAAAAAAAAUAUGGAAUUGUGUAGGUGCAUAUUUUGGUGAAAAUGUAACAAAAGAUAUAUUAAAUUUACUUGGUUAUAACAUAGAAGCAAUGAACAAUAAAUUAAAUCAAUUUGUUCCACAAGAAGAUAUUGAUAAUAUUACAGAAGGAGUUGGUAAUUUGAAUAAUGUACUUAAUGGAAACGUUAUUGAUGGAAGCAUGGCAUUUGAUGCUAUUGCACAAGAAUCUAAGAAAGCAUCAAUGGCUAUUUUAAAAAAUAAAAACAUGCAGAUAAAUGUAUCAGAUGAUGAGGAUGGGCUUAUAACUCAAGCAAUCCUCUUAGGAAAUAUAGAAGCUGCUGUAUCAUUAUGCUUUGUAAAUAAAAGGUACGCAGAUGCAGUCAUUCUUUCAAUGGCUGCGGGACCUGAUUUAUUAGCACGUACCCAGUACAGAUACUUUUCAGAACAUUCUGGAGCUCUCAAUUCUCUUAUCAAUUCAUUAGUUAGUGAAAAUUGGGCUGAUGUUGUUAACAAUGCUGACAUAAAUUGUUGGAAAGAAGUGCUAAUUGGAAUAUUUACUCAUACCAAUUCACAAGAACGAUCUGCUUUGUGCGAUAUGCUUGGAGAUCGUUUGGCAGCAUGUGAUAAUGUAAUGCUCAAAGAACAAGCUCAAAUUUGUUAUGUUUGUUCUGGUAAUUUGAAUAAAAUGGUUGAAUCCUCCAAUGUAGAAAUUCAAGAGGUAGUAGAACUAGUAAUUAUAAUGCAAAAAGCAUUAGAAAUGCAAGGUAUCAGAAACGUACAAAUAGAAGGAAAAAUUGCCAACGUUUUGUCUUGCUAUGCAGAAAUGUUAGCUGCUGAGGGAGAUUUGGACGCUGCACUAAAUUAUCUAGGAAAUAGUCAAAAUGAAAAAGUCAUGAUGUUAAAAGAUCGUCUGAUGCGAGCCUUAGGUUAUAUCGAAGAAUCAAAAGUUGUGCCAAAAGGACCAGCAAUGCAAACUUAUUACGAUAGAACAAGACGACCUGUACCAGGCGUACAGGGUGUACAAAAUCCAAUGUCUGCUGGAUCAGCAAGACCUUUCUUCGAUACGAAUAUUGCUCCCAUGAAACAAUCUUUUAUAUCUUCUUCAAAUCAAUUUAAUACUCAUACACAGCAACAACCAUUUGGAAUGUCUCCUCUUCAGCCACAUGUACAACCAGUGCAACCAAUGCAACCUAUUCAACCUAUGCAAUCUAUGCAAUCUAUGCAAUCUAUGCAAUCUAUACCACCUAUGCCACCUAUACCAUAUGAACAAACGUCUCAUUCUUACACUUCAACAUCUGUUGCUCAACCACCACCACCGCCACCACCUUCUUCAAGUGCUUCGAGCGGAAUUGGAUCUCGACCACCUAGUGCUGGACCUCCAACAAGAUCAAAAUACAUAAUAGAUCCGUCUGUAAAGUCUACUUCAACAUACGGACAAGCUGGUUUUCCUCAGCAAACAUCGCUGUAUAAUAAUCAACAAAUACCUCCAGUGCCAGGCUAUUCUCAGAAUAUGUAUCAACCGCAAGUUCCUAUGUCUACAAACACAUACCCUGGACAGAAUCUUGUGCCUAAUAUUAAAGAAGCGGAAACUUUUAAACCAGUUCAACUUAGUGUAUUAUCAUCAUUACAAAAUACAUCACAAAGUCAAAUGCAUGAACCAAUUAGAAUGCAACCACUUCCGCAGACUCAAAUAUAUGGAAGCGAAAAUCAACCACCAAUGGAUCGCGCAAACAUUUAUCAAGCACCGCUACAGCCAGCAGGAUGGAAUGAUCCACCAGCUGCAAAGCCAUCUAGAAUACAGUCAAAACAAGAUUAUCAAUCCCAAAAUCCGAUUUUACAUCCAUUAAGAGGGACACAACCUGAACCAAGUGUUUUGCAACAAGAAAAAUUUUAUUCGGAUAUGCAAGCACCUUAUAACCCACAACAAUAUAAUCAGAAUAUGCCAAAUGUAGCUGCUCAAUAUGCCAAACCAAUGGAAUUUACACCACCAAUUGCCAGGACACCGGAACCGGAGAAACCAAAACCACCAAUUCCGGAACAACAUAUGCACUUAAAAACAGUAUUUGAUGAACUAAAAAACCAAUGCUUUGAAAACGCCAAAAAUCCACAAAUAAAACGGAAAAUAGGAGAUGUAUCUAGAAAACUCGAAGUUUUAUACGAUUGUCUUAGAGAGAGCAAGCUAUCGCAGAACACUUUACAAGGAUUACAUCAAAUAUCACAGAUGAUUCAGAGUGGAAAUUAUACUGGAGGAUUAGACCUUCACACACAAUUAGUUUCAGGACCAGAUUUUAGCCAAAUAUCUUCUUUUAUGCCUGGUAUCAAAGUAUUAUUGCUAAGUGCUCUUCAAUUGAAUGUUUACAUUAGAUAGAAUGCAAUAUAUAAAACCCGGAAUAUUUCCACUUAUUCAUUUUUAUAAUUUAAAAUUUUUAUAAUCUUUGAAAGCCUUAUUAAACAAAGUAUUUACGUUAUGUUAACUUUCCAUAGUAUUUAGUACAGUACGGAUAUUUGUAUAUAAAGUUUAUGACUGAAUCAUAUCAUCAACAAAAUCGUAAUGUUUAUAUAUUUACACUUAAAAGAUGGCUUGUCAAAAUUAGAUGAGCUUGUACUACUAUCCUAAUUAAAAGAAUUGAUUGUCCAAGACACAUGUAAAAACUAGAAAAGUAUUCAGAUAAAAUUUCUGCAAAUCAAAUUUUGUUUUGUUUUAAAUAUCUGUACAUAAAAUAUUGAUUUAAGAAAAUCAUAUGUAUAUUUUAAAAUAAAAAAUUAUAUGAUAAUUUUAUUAAAAUCAUGUAUUAAAUUUAGUAAUGAAAAUAAUGUUAAACUGAUUUAUUGAAUAAUUAAACUAUGUAGUAUGGCUGCUUUUUCAUUGAUAAUAAACUUUUGUAACAAUUCA